AUGACUGCAUCAGUAGAAGAUCAAAAAACCUUUUUCUCAUCAUCUCUACAUUCUUCACCCACUACAUCACCCCGCUCAUCAUCCUCUCCCUCUCCAUUACCUGCAUUGUAUCCCGUGCAAAAGACCGAUGAACAGAAACUCCAACAAACUUCCUCCAAGCUACGCCAAAUCGCGCCCGCUCCUCCAUCACCCGUCAACGUCGGUGGACAAUCAGACUAUAGCGUAUACCACAUACCAAAAGGGUUCGAAGUCAUUAUAGUUCCCAAGACUGCUGGCACGCCUGACGGAAACAACAACUCUGUCGCUGCUCAAUCCAUCCCCAAGAUUCCCAUUUCUCCCGUCUAUACAGCUUCUUCAACCGAUUCUUCAGACCGCUCUUCCUCCCCUUCCACUCCCCCCUCCUCUACUUCUCCGUCCACCGCAUCAAACAUGCAAGCAUCGUCCUGGAGAAAACGACAAAAGACUGGUCACAUUCCGCGUCCGAAAAACUGCUUUAUGGCCUAUCGCGAAUCCAUACAGCACAAGAUUCUCAAAGAACGGCCCGGUCUAAACAACAAGAUCGUCUCCAUCAUUGCCGCUCAACAAUGGAACCGAGAAUCCCCUGCCACAAAGAAUCACUGGAGGGAGGUUGCAAGGCAGUUAAAGGAAGAACAUCAGAAACUGUAUCCGAAUUACAAAUUCGCACCGAAAAAGAAGAUUGGAAAGAACGGCGGGAAAGGUGUUAUAACGUUACAAUCGACUCAAUCGCAAUCUUUCCCUCGAACCGUCUGGGGCCAUUACCGCUCAUCGUCUGUCGAAUCAUUUCACUCUUUUGUCAGCGACUCUUCCACGUUUGCAUCACCACCGACAUCCUUUACAUCACCACCAUCGCCGACAUCCUACUCAUCACCCUCACCACACAUGUCACUAUCGUCAUCAUCGCCACUUCGCUACGAAGCAUACUCUGACGGUACGCAUCCGAUGCCAUUCGAAUUCCACCGCCUGUACACGCAGAUAACGAUGCCGUCAUUGCAAUUGAGCGAAUUUCCAUUCGAAUCGAAUGAUCUAGUGACGCCCAUCGAUGUCGAAUCGGUCGACGUUGGGGGUAACGAUGGUAGCGGAGGGUGUGGUGGAAACGGAGCGUUUUUUGAUAAUUCUGCCGAGUAUGGAUACGACGAUUUCAUGACGGAUGAUGACGAUAGCAUGAGAGGAUUUCAUUAUCUGGCCCAGGAUGCGAACGGAGAGAGAAUGGGUCAAGGGAUUUUGGAGCAGCAGUGCAGGCAAGAGCGUAUGUGUCAGCAGCAGCAUGCGUUGGUUCCGUUCGAGUGA